UCCAUACCCACCAAAGUCCACCCAGUCCACCCCGUCCCUUGGGACCGCUUUUCAGACAUCAUUGCUUAUGGGUCGACGACAGACCUGGACCGACGUGCUCGCUGCAAUCUCUUAUACCCCAUCGCCCUUCCCCAUAUCUUUCCUCCGCGUUCAUUGCCAUAUCGACUAUCUUACCUUGUCUUCUCCCCCCUUUCUACUUAACGAGCAUCUUCCAAAAUGGCUCCAAUAGCACUGACCCCACCAAACGAGAGAGCAGAGAUGGGUAACGGCGACCAGAACAUCGAUGUCUCCAACAUGGGAACAACGAGAAAGAUCAUCUGCUUUUCUGACUUCGAUGGCACAAUAUUCAUGCAGGACACUGGACACAUCCUCUUCAAUGCAUUCGGAUGCGGCUUCGAGCGACGGGCGGAGCUGGAGGAGCAGAUCAAGAGCGGCGAACGCAGCUUUAGAGAUGUCUCGGAGGAGAUGUGGGGUUCGCUCGAUGUUCCUUUCGAGGAUGGUUUCAAGGCUCUUGAAGAAGGCCUCGUGGUUGACUCUGGCUUCAAGCAGUUCCAUGAGUUCUGCAGGAACAAUCGCAUUCCUUUCAAUGUCAUCUCCGCUGGCCUGAAACCCGUGCUACGCAGAGUCCUCGACCACUUCCUUGGCGAGGAACAAAGCAGUGGAAUCGAUAUCGUCGCGAAUGACGCCGAGAUCGAUGCGGAAGGCCACAGCUGGAAGCCUGUGUGGCGCCACGAGACGGCCCUUGGCCACGACAAGGCUCUUUCGAUCGAUGAGUACAAGUCAAGGGCCAAGCUGGAGAGUGAAGAUGGCACAGUACCACUGAUUGUCUUCAUUGGCGAUGGCAUAUCAGACCUUGCCGCUGCAGGUCAAUCUGACGUUCUCUUCGCCCGUAGAGGACUCGCGCUUGAGAAGCAUUGCAUUGACAACAAGAUCGAGCACAUCCCCUACGACAGCUUCGCAGACAUCCAACGAGAAGUGACCAGGAUCGCCAAGCUCGACGAAGCCAAGACCAAGGGUGAAGGCCUGCCAGUCAAAUUCAACCCAAGGGCAAACAUGUGGAGGAAGAUCAGCUCUAGGAAUGCUGUGCCUACGUUCAAAGCCAUGACACCUAGUGUUGAGGAUCGGGCAUUCCUCUGGCCUGAGACCUUCACUGAGCAGAAGAACGGAACAAAGCCAGUAGCUGUGGCUACGAUUGCUUGAUUUGGCGUUGCUCCGAUUUACCAAUAGAACGAUAAACAGCACUUGUAAUUUGGUAUCACCCGCCAUCCUUCGUACGUUCUGUACUGUCCUGCAGAUCGCGUGGAGUUACCCAAGCCGGUAUAGUGUCGAGAUACUGAUGAAAUGAAUUACCUUUUGAGAAUUUCACAGCAGUCCUGUUGAUGCAAUUCCUGCUCCGAAACGAAACUAUCA